AUGUCUACUGCCUUGAAGCGUCUCAGCAAAGAACUACGGGAAGCCUCGCUUAACCCGGACAGUGACAUGGAUCUGCAUCUUCUCCACGCCGGCAGUCUAUUCACGUGGGAGGCGGUUCUCCGUGGCCCCCCCGACACGCCCUUUGAGGGAGGGGAGUACCGUUUGCUUCUCCGCAUACCGCAGGACUACCCGAUGCUCCCGCCCACAGCGAAUUUUGUAACAAAAGUGUUUCAUCCAAAUGUGAACUUUGACACCGGCGCCGUUUGUCUUGACAUUCUGAAGAGUCGCUGGUCCCCCGCCUGGACUCUGAACAGCGUGUGCCGCGCCAUUUUAAAUCUGUUGGCAGAACCGGAGCCAGACAGUCCUUACAACUGCGACGCGGGAAAUCUUCUGCGGGCUGGUGACAUGGAGGGCUACGCUUCACUUGUGCGGAUGUACGCCAUCAUGGACGCCGGGGCCCCACCCUUUCCCGAGCUGGCGUAG